AUGUCUGGCAACGGCAACCCCGGAAAUUUUGCCAACCGCCCCAAGGAAGAGGUUCAGAACAUUGCCUCCAAGGGCGGACAAUCAUCCCACUCGGGUGGCUUCGCCUCUAUGGACGCCGAUAAGCAGCGCGAGAUCGCUUCGCAGGGCGGAAAGGCAUCCUCUGGAUCGUUUGAGCCAGGCAGCGAAGCAGCUAAGGAGGCUGGCCGCAAGGGCGGAUCGAAGUAA